AUGACCACGCUGACCUUGGUGUUGCUACAAGAGGCCAGGGCAGGAGUGGUGGAGGAUUUUAACCAUGCAGAGCGUUGCAAGGACUCACUGUACAUGGGCACUCCACCCAGAGGCUACCUCAGCAGCUCAUUUAAGAGGAUCUGCCAAAGGUAUGAGGAUAAACCGCGCUAUGUCACUGUCUAUGACACUCACAAACAUAUCCCCAUCUACUCUGCUUAUACCUUCAAGAAGUCAGACGGAGAGAAGAAGGUGGACUUUCCUUGGAUGUUUGAGCCUCAGGUAAGUGCUCUUUCAAGCUUCAUCUGAGUUGUAAUAUUUGCCCAGAUUAAUAAGAAGUUUGUUUUCAGUUUAGAUUCUCAAACUCAUGUGUGAGGGAUCAAGUAAAUGUGUUUUUCUUAUGCAUAUUGAGACAUCACACAAACCAUGAUAAAUGGUUUUGUUGCUUUUGUUGUAUUUGUGUUUAUAUGUGUAUCAAUAAGCAUUUUAGGGAGCUGGGACAACAUUACUGUUGGUACAGGAAGAAAAUUCAGUUAGAGAUAAGUUUCUUUAUUAGCACUGAAUAGUAUUUGAGACACCUUUGCCUUGGCUGUAUAGUGAGUAGGUAUGCAAAUCUGUCAUUCUUUUGUGAAUGUGGCAAUUUGCAUUGCAAACAAAUUAUUUUCAACUUAGUUUUUUACAGAAGUUUAAAACUGUCAACUUCAUUCCAAUACUAAGCCUUACUCUCUUUCUUUUCCUCUGCAGCUGGCCUCGGAAAAGAGCAGCAGCAACAUGGAGCCCUUUCCCCAAUCUGCAAGCAUGCAUAUGAACUUUGAGGACACUCAAGCAGUCCUGGAGGACUUUGCUGAUGUGGUUCAGUAUGAACGUGGCCAGCUCAAUCCUGAUGAGCACCAGGCUGACCCUCUGGACAAAGCUGCUACUUACAGCUUGACAAAUGUAGUACCUCAGAUAAGAGAGUUUAACAUGGGUCCAUGGGCAGAGCACCAGGACAUCAUUCGCAAACGUCUCAACAACUUCUGCCGUGGAAAGGCCUUUGUGGUCACUGGGGUCACCACCUCUGGGCACAUGAUCCGUCGUAGCAACUUAGACCGGGUUGCUGUACCAGAGUACAUGUGGUCAGCCUACUGCUGCACUGAGUUUGACCAAAAUGCACCAUACUUUGUGCGCUACAAGUUCCCUGUGUUUGGAGCUUAUGGGCUAAAUGAUAGAGUCAACAACCACAUGGUGGAAGUUCCUCUAAAGAACCUGGAGAAAUUUCUCAAGGGGAGGAUGAAUGUGGAUAAGAAUUUUCAGAUUUUCUAUAAUGAUUGUGUACCUGACAACUAG